GAGGUGAGAUACAUCUCUAGAGGGUUCAGAAAAUUACAAAGACUGGAAGAGAAUCAAAGCAUUUUAAGAACCAUACCGGUUCAGGGCCAACAAACAGGUAUACUUCCCUUUAUCUAGCACAUGACACAGCACUGAACAUGUGGACUUUGUUACUUGUAUUUGCUACUGGAUCACCAGCUCUACUUCAGGCUGCACCUGUUCAGGGUUCCAGUGGCAGAUGCAGCGUUGCCGGUGUUUUCCUUGUUGAGGGAACCAGCCGUUACUCUCUUACUUUCCAACAAGCUUUGGAAUUGUGUCAGAGUUUUGAUUACAAACUCGCAACACAGGAACAGGUCAAUGACGCUUAUAAAAAAGGCUUGAGAACAUGCAGAUUUGGCUGGCUAGAUGGACAAAAUGUCAUGUUCCUCCCACACGUUAAUGGUCCAAACUGUGACUCCAGUUCCACCGAGAUCACCUUCCAUCCUGAAGCAGCAGGGUAUCUUUCUGAUGUCUACUGCUUUAACCCAUCAGAUGCAUCACUAAACUGUGAAGAUACUGGUAAAUCUAACUCUGAAGACUUAACCAAUGGAAACACAGCCACAGCAAAUGAAAAAUCACAUGAAGACAUUCUUACGGAGGUCGAGACUGAAGGCUUUCUAGUAGAUGUGGAGGAGAUAAUGGGAAGAGUAAAAAGAGAAACUUCUGUUCUGAAUGACAUGGAGGUCCCCGUGAAAUCCUCAACUGUGCAUGCCUUGGAGGAACCCUCUACAACGACACACAGUGAAGACAGCAAGGGCCCUACAAGCAAGCCCCGUUUUGUGAAGAGCUCAUCCCCUGUUACCUCCAGUGUUUUGUUCUCUGAUACAGAGGGCAGUGGAUCAGCAUCAGAUAAUGAGACAUUGUUUACAGAUCCUGAGCCUAGUCUAUUCACAAUAACAAUGACUGCCACAGAGGCAGCUGAGAGUACAUCCAUGCCAAAUGAAAUUAAGAAAACUCCAAUUGUUGUAAUCAAAGGUCGAAAAAUGGAAGCCAGUCUUGAAGGCACACAGAGUGGCCAAGAAAAGAAAGAUGGACCAUCUACUUUGCUGAUAAUCUUUGCAUUCUGUGUUGUUGUUGGAGUCAUAGUAUGCAUACUUGUUGCUAUUGCUACUAGAGACAAGUGGUACGGACCGAGACAGAGCGGAAACAUCACAAGUGAAGAGCACAACAAAGACUACAGUAAAUCAGAAACACUGCCUCUGUCAGAGAAAGAACAGGAGAUCGUGGCACUGAUGAGUGUUGAGAAGCUGAAGAAUGGUAAAAUGGAGGACAUUGCUGCCUGUCUGGAUGAGCGUGAGAAAGAGUAUUUAAUGUAAUGCUUUAAAUCCUGUGUAUUAACAGGUUCGAACUCUUUUGUACUUUUUAUUUGCACUAGUGAUGUUUUUUUUAAUGAUUUUUUAAUGCAAUUUCCUUCCGUUUUUGUUGCUUCAAAAUGCUUCGUAUUUCACAUUUCUUUUCUAAUAUAAAGUAUUUUUUUUCUCAGUAAUAAAUAAAGGCUUAUUAUCUCUUACUGAAUGAUGGUUAAUAAUGAUAUGGUGAGAAAACAUUUUUAUACUGGUUUUCAUCUGUUCGUAAGUACUAUGUACUGUGUGAGAUAUGAUGCAUUUUUGAAUGUUAGACAUUGCCCUUUAUAAGAAACCCUAUGCAGUUUGUAAUGCAAUGAAGCAAUUGUAAAUCAUUUCAUUUUUUAAAUUACCCAUAAAGAUGUAUUUUGUCAAGCUCUCAGAGCACAUUUAUGGUGGGAUGAGUCUUUCAAUAAAACAUGACAUUUGAACAAGG